CUUGCUCUCAAUUCCAUUCACAACGAACACAAAACUUCAUGGACUCCAAGAUACCUCACAAACCUACUUCAAAUUUCUCUUUCUCUCUCUCAAUAUCUUCUGAUUCUCGUCCAAGAUUGUAGACAAGAUAAAUGUCAUGUUAAUCUUCCAACGCCAAAUCCAUCCUUUAGAUUCCACCUUCUCAAUUCCCUUUGUUAUUUUCCUCCAUUGAACACAAUUGCUGUGACUGUCUCUUUCAUUCCUUUCUUUGUUCCCUUUUUUGGUCUUAUUAUCCUGUUUCUUCCCCUGCUCAUGGCUGCUGCCACCACUGCUUCUUCUCAAAUAUUUCAAAAUCAUAAUACUAAUACUUCAGUUAGCAGGCACGAAAUUCAAGCCGCCAUUGCUGAAGCAGUCGAAUUGAGAGCUCUUCAUGCCGCUUUAAUGAAAGGCAACAGCCCCGCCAAUUCUCGAUGCCCUUCUAGUCCCCCUGGUUCUCUCCCUGUCUCUCAGUUCUGCGCUCAAGAUUACCCUGUUUUCACUCCUAGGUAUGACGACGAACCAGCACCUGGGUGUCAUCCAGUCUUAUCAAAGAAUCCUUCUAGAACCUGGGAUGAUUGUGGACUUGAAGGGAAUGAGACUGGUUUUUUGGAUUACAAGAAGGAGAACUCAACUUCACAGAAAGGAUUUCCUUCAGAUUUUGCCACAUUAGAGUCACAUACUUGUCCUACUGAGGACCGAAAAUCUGUCACUGGUCCAACCUCUAAGCACAUCAAAGUUCUUCAAAACUCUCCAGGAGCAACAGAAUUCUACAAAUUGAGAAGGGGAAGCAGCUUGGGAGACUUCAAAUCAGUUUCAUCUUGCAAUAGAUGCAAACCUGCAACCAUCACCACUGCGCCUGAAAAUGUCACCAGGAACAUCAAGAAGUCUAACAUUGUUGUCCCAUUGACAGAUUCACAUUCAUCUGCUCGAUCACAAUCGAAAAAUAGGGGAGUGAUUUCAUGGUUGUUUCCGAGGUUGAAGAAGAAGCACAAGUGGGAGAAUUCCCCAAACCGGACAAAAUCCGAAGAAGUUUCACAGAUUUUCAAGGACUUGGGGAUAUUAUCAGUUGAAACAUUGAAGAGAGAAUUGAUCAAGGCGAAUGAGAGUCGGGACGCGGCGUUAAAUGAGGUUUCUGAAAUGAAAUCUUCCUUUGAGGAGCUGAAACAAAGACUGGAGUACUUGGAAUCCUACUGUGAAGAGCUGAAGAAAGCUUUGAGACAAGCUACAAAUUUAAAGGGCUCCCAGUUUCCUGAAAAUCCUGGAAAUUUUCCCUGGAGAGGCAAGUCCAUUGAUGGGAAUUCGGAAAAUUUGACGCCUGUGAGUGAAGAAGUAAUGGUGGAAGGCUUCUUGCAGAUAGUUUCCGAGGCAAGACUAUCUGUAAAACAAUUCUGCAAGACGCUCAUCGCGCAAAUAGAAGACACGGAUCAAUCUCUGAUGUUGAAUUCCCUUCUUCAACCUUACAAAUUAUCACUAACUUCAAAAUUCUCAAAGGCGUUUUCAUGCCAUUUGGAAGCAAUAAUAAACCAAACACUCUACAUGGAUUUUGAGAAUUGUGUGUUUCAGAAAAAUGGUAAACCAAAGCAUCUAGAUCGUCAACAAGAUCGCCAGGCGCAGUUUUUGUCCUUUGUUUCGCUGAGAAAUCUGAGCUGGAAUGAAGUAUUAAGGAAAGGGACUAAAUAUUAUAGUGAAGAAUUCAGCAAAUUCUGUGACCAAAAAAUGAGCUGCAUAAUCACAACUCUAAAUUGGACUAGGCCAUGGCCAGAACAACUUCUGGAGGCAUUUUUUGUGGCUGCAAAAUGCAUAUGGCUACUUCAUUUACUCGCGUUUUCAUUCAGUCCGCCACUGGGGAUCUUGAGGGUGGAAGAAAACAGGAGCUUUGAUGGACAUUACAUGGAGGAUUUGUUCAUGGAAAGGCAGAAAUCACUGGGGGCAAGCAGGGUUAAAAUAAUGGUGAUGCCAGGAUUUUAUGUGCAGGAUAGAGUAUUGAGAUGUAAGGUACUUUGCAAAGUAUAAAUCGGCAGCUUAAAUUUCAUUUAGAAUAUUAUGCUAGUAAAUAGUAAUUAUCAAAUUGAUGUUGUUUUAAUAAAUAUUUCAGGUGGGUUUUUAAUUUAA